AUGUCAGGAUUAUACCUGGCGAUGGAAGCAAACGGUCGGCCGGAGCCGGGGCUGGCAGACCCUCCAGCCAAGCUUGUCAUCCCCGCGGGGCUGCGUAACGCCCUGGAGGACAUGGCCAUGCAAGACCCACGUAGGGCGCAAGAGCUGACCGACACGCUCAGCCAGUGGGCGGAAGGCUGCCUCAACCACGACGCGGUCCAUAUUCAGUCAUGGACCGAGUUUAGUCAACAACGCAUCAUCGAGCCCAUAUCAAGGCUAUUGCUUGACCUCACAAGUUGCCUUCUCCAGAUCAACCUUUCCACCGAAGAACUGCGCCUGUGCCAAAAGCUCUGCCAGGGCGUCUCCCUAUGCGUUGGCGUUCACUUCAGCCUUCAUGGGAUAUGCAACGGACUUGGAUUCGCCAAGCAGCCGAUGCCGCUCGUCCAAGCUGUCAUGUCGCUCUUUCAGGUAGAUGAAAAGCGAGCCUUGGCAUUUUGCGAUGCGCAAAUUCUCUCAGGCGCCGAUGAGUUCUUUUUUGCCGUGGGGAAUAUGGACAAGAUAUCUGAAGUGUCGCGCAAGGUGCGCCUCUGCAUGGCAAAGCUGCCGGAAUACCUACCCGCUGAGCCGAUGCUUGUCAGACCAAACCCCCCGGCCAGGCUGGUGCAGCAGACCAAUACCCAUCGUGGGGUGAAGCGAGACAGAGAUGAUGCCGAUGUCUGCAACGAUACCGACAAACCCAAGGUGAACGGUGAUGUCGAGACAAGCACACCGUCGAAGCCGUGGAGCAUGGAGGAAGAAUCAAUCCAGCGGAUCGUUUCGCCGCUCCCGAUCCCGCCACUCGAAGCAACACUCGAACCCGUCACGGCGCCGUUCGACUACAUCUGCACUUUGCAGUCCAAGGGCUUUCGCAACAAUCUCAUCAGGGCGCUUACCUCGUGGAUUCCGGUCCCGCCCGCCGAGCUGGACUUAGUACUGACAAUAGUUUCGGGUGUCCAUAACACUUCGCUGAUGCUUGACGACGUCCAAGACAAUUCGCCACUGCGAAGGUCGUGCCCGGCCACGCAUACGCUUUUUGGCACGGCCCAAACUAUCAACUCGGCUGUUUAUCAGACCGUUGACCUCGUGGCAAGGGCUUGCCGAGCGGGCAAUCCUAUGUUGGCUAAAGAGCUUAUUGCUGGUAUGCAAAGCCUCCUCGUCGGCCAAGGCUUGGACCUGCGUUGGACACAUGAGGUCGCCCAGCCGACGGUGGAGGAAUACCUACAAAUGAUAGACGGGAAAACGGGCGCUCUCUUCAUCAUGAUAUAUCGUCUCAUGGUUGCCGUCUCCCCGACACGAAGCCCAGUGCCAGGAGUCGAAGAGUUUAUGCUGCUCUUCGGCCGCCUGUUCCAGAUCCGUGACGACUUUUCCAACCUUACUUCGGAGCGGUACUCGAAAGCCAAGGGCUUCUGCGAAGACUUGGACGAGGGCAAGUGCAGCUUCAUCAUCCUGCACGCAAUGAAUCAUGCCAAGCCGCAAUCCCGUCAAUUGCUGCGCAAUAUCUUUUUGCAGCGAAGAAACGGAAGCAUGAGCGUUAGCCACAAGGAGAUGGUGUUGCAUAUCGUCGAAGAAGCCAACUCGUUGCGCUUUGCAAAAGAGACGAUGCGCCAGCUGGAGAGUGCCUUGUUUGAAAAGCUCGAGAGCCUCGAAAUCGCCACCGGCCUGAAGAAUACGGCGUUAAGGGCGUUAUUGGAUGCUUUAAGGACGACGUAG